AUGACGGCCCUCGUCAAGCGUGCGGUCAAGUUUUUUCUGCACAAGACCUUUGGGCACUUUCUGAAGGAGAAGCUCGACCUGUCGCAGCUGGACAUUGAUUUCAAGGCAGGAAUUGUUCAUCUCACCCACCUCGAGCUCAACAAUGAGACGAUCAACAGCCUACUGGGGGAGCUGCCGGUGGAGCUGCGAAGCGGCUGGAUCGAACACGCUUGGGUGACGGUGCCGCUGAAGAAUAUUACUACCUCACUUGUCGAUAACUGCAAGCUCGAGCUGGAAGGCCUUCGUCUCACAUUUGCUCCACGCAAAGUCAAGAGGCCAAGAACGCUCAAAGAAAGCCGUGUGUGGGGCACAAACUCGGAUUACGGCUCGCGGUCGGCUUUCAACGUGGCGGCGUCGAUAUCUGAGAGUGUCAGUGUCGAUCACGAAUCGGUUCCAGAGGAAGCCUACGCUGCGCCGCUUACUGGAGAACGAGAACUCAACCAAAUAAUCGACCAGCUCCUGCUCAUUCUCGAGAACGUGCGCCUCAAGAAUCUCAGUAUCGAACUCGAAUACUUUUGCCCGUCGCUCGGUGAGGAAGCUGUGCUGUGCGUCGAGAUUCCUUCGUUCGAGUAUUCAGACAUCACACGCCACGCCAAGACCAACAACGCCGAUGCCGCCACCAAUAGCACCCAGGAGGCCGGACCUUCAUCUCCCACUACACAGCCCUCGGUCGCCGAGUGGAAUCCCUCCGCCCUGAUCAAGUGCAUCAGAUUUCCAGCGCUAUCUGCUUCUCUCGAUCGAAAGAGUACCCUGCCCCCGUCAGGAAGAGUGGACGGCCGUGGGGACCAUCGCUCCAAGAAGGGCCACACAAUGCUCGUUGUUGCACAACGACCUGACUACGCCGGAGACAACGAAGGUUCCCCCAAGAAGGGAGUAAGCUGCCCCUGGGCCGAAUCGGUGGGCCUCAGCGGCAGCGAAAGCUCCGAUGCCAGCGUGAUCUACAUCAAGCUGAAGCGGAACAAGACCGACGUGUCCAUACCCGACCUCGAUGUGGACUGCACCCUGCAGCAGGUGACCACAGCGAUAUCAGCAGAACAGCUUCAAAUGCUGAUUGACCUGUCGGCCGCGCUCGACGCUAUGAUCGUCUCGCCAGCGAGUAGUCCGCCGCCACCGCCAGCCAGCAAUCUACGUGAGAGCUCAGGAGCGAGGAUGGCACCGUCCCUGGUGCGCAGCCCAUCGCCUCCCACAGCCAUUCCUGCGCCCGAGGAGGACUUGUACUCCAACCAGCCCAUGGCCAGCGAGCUAGAUCUGGCUCAACGCACGGAACGAGCAGCCCGACACAGACCAAGAAGCAGUGGGGCGAAAGGCAAGAGUAAAGCUCUGGAUCGAUCGGGUGACUCGGAAAACUCGCCGAGCGACGACAGCGAGUCGUUCUACGAGUGCGCGCCCGAAGACGACUGGUUCCAGGGCGCUCCGGGAGAGCAUAAGGACAGCGCGCAGGAGGAAGCAGAACCCUGCCCGGUGGCGCACUACACGCUCCUGAACCUGCAGGCGGUGGUGCGGGUCGUGGGCGGGUCGCUCAAUCUCAUCUACGGUUCCACUUCACCGACGCUCUGCGGGACCAUAGCAGACCUACCUCCGACUCGACAGAAGCGCCCCAAGCCAUCGCGCUACGACGAACGACCGGGGGAUGCCGCCUACGAAAAGGGUAAGGAGAAGCAAGACAACGCCGAGGCAUCCGACGACGAACGAGCCCACCAUCGUCAUCUGUACGAGGACGAUGAAGACGACCUGGAUGGCGGUCACGAAGACGAAGACGACAGCAUAGAAGAGCGGGUGGGCGAUCGCCUGGCACUGGAGUUUGAGAGCCUGUUCGUUCAGACCUGGGGCUCUCUCCUCCAGACCCGGGUCGAGAUAUCGGCCGACACGUUGAGUGUCUACGAGUAUCUUGCGGUGCCAUCCUCGCUGGACCAGGAAGAAUCCAGAAGCGAACAGAGGCGAACGGUGUUGAGCUUUGCCGUGCCUCCAUCGCCUUCUCCUCCACGAACUCAAACGCCGCGCUCUGCGCCCGACUUCUCUGCUUCGCCUUCGAUCUCCUCGCAGUCCUCUGGCGGCCGGACACCCUCACUAACUGCGACGGAAGGAAGCGAACGCAGCACCGACCAACGUAACCUUCGCCUCCCGCAGCUGAAAUGCGCAAUCAUGCAAACCAACAAGAGCUUGCAAGUUGAGCUGCCCGGUGACGUGUUUGAUCUUGACAUCGAGACUGUGGUGCAUCCACUCAACGUGUUCCUCGACCUCAAGAUGCUCGACCGCCUGUCUCAAUUCGCCAACGCGCUUCAAUCCAACAAGCCCGUGGGGGAGAAUCUAGAAGGCUUGGCCCACCUGCAUGCCUCGACUCGUGAGCAGCAACUGGAGCUUAAAAGUAGCAGGAUCCGGGCGGGCGUGCAGGGCGGGCUCUGCAUUGUGCUUUACUCGACAGGCAGGCGAGCAGAUUGUUUUGAGGGUUAG